GCCGAUGGCAGCGAGAGGCAGCUUUUCCCCAGCCGCGCAGGCUGCGCCUCGGGGCGCUCCGUCCAAGCCAGCCUGAGCGAUGCUGCGGACAGGAGGAUCCCGGCCAGCCGCGCUCCUCUGAACCGACCCGGCAAGGCAAGAGAGGCGGGCUGGCCAACCUCGCGCCGCCGGGCCGAUUGACGGGCAGCCCCCCUCGCUUGCCCUCGCCCGCCGGCUAGCGGAGCCCCAGCGGAGAGAGCGAGGCUCAGGGCGGCCGAGAAGGCGAUCCAGCGGCAGCCCGCCACGCACGCCGGAGCCGAGCCGGGACAGACGGAGCGGGCCCCGACCUCCACCUGGCGCCGAGAAGGCAGGCAGGCAGGCAGGCGGGGAGGGAAGCGCCCUACGGGAGCGCAGUGGGCCCGCACCCGAAGCGCGGCGACGGAGGGGCGGCGCAGCGCUUCUGCACAGCCCGAGAAAGGCGGCGAGAGGUGCGGGCGGCGCGGGCUGGACGGCCGGGCAAGCGGCACCGAGAAGCUCGCGCGCCCGCCCUCCAUGCCCCUCUAGCGUCCCUGGCCCGGCAGUCGCAGGCGGCAGGAUGCAGGAGGCGGCCGGCGGCUCGGCGGGUGCCCGCCGGGCGGUGGAGCAGCUGUCGGAGGCGGUGGGGCUGCGGGCCAAGGCUCUGGGCAGCGCCCUGCAGGAGGCUCACCGCCAGCGGCGCCUCCUGCUGGCCAUCGUCUGCGUGGCGCUGCUGCUGGACAACAUGCUCUACAUGGUCAUCGUGCCCAUCAUCCCGCACUACCUGGCCACCAUGGGCGGCGGGGAGGCGCCGUCGGCGCGGCAGAGCCCGGCCGGCAACGUCAGCGGCGCCGGCAACGCCACCCAGAGCCCGGGGCUGCUGCCGCCGCCGCCGCCGCCGCCCGACAACCGGGACCUGAAGAUCGGCGUGCUCUUCGCCUCCAAGGCGCUCCUGCAGCUGCUGGUCAACCCGCUGACCGGCACCUUCAUCGACCGCGUGGGCUACGUCCUGCCGCUGCUGAUCGGGCUGCUGGUCAUGUUCCUCUCCACGCUCAUCUUCGCCUUCGCCGAGAACUACGCCACGCUCUUCGUGGCGCGCAGCCUGCAGGGGCUGGGCUCGGCCUUCGCCGACACCUCCGGGGUGGCCCUCAUCGCGGACAAGUACCCGGAGGAGUCGGAGCGCACGCGCGCCCUGGGCCUGGCGCUGGCCUUCAUCUCCUUCGGCAGCCUGGUGGCGCCUCCCUUCGGCGGCAUCCUCUACCGGUUCGCCCGCAAGCAGACGCCCUUCCUGGUGCUGGCCUUCGUCUCCCUCCUGGACGCCCUGCUGCUGCUGGUGGCCCUCAAGCCCUUCGCCCGCAGGGCCCGGGAGAACAUGCCGGUGGGCACCCCCAUCCACCGGCUCAUGCUCGACCCCUACAUCGCGGUGGUGGCCGGGGCCCUCACCACCUGCAACGUGCCCCUGGCCUUCCUGGAGCCCACCAUCGCCGUCUGGAUGAACAGCACCAUGAAGGCCAGCGAGUGGGAGAUGGGGCUGGCGUGGCUGCCGGCCUUCUUCCCCCACAUCCUGGGCGUCUUCGUCACCAUCAAACUGGCGGACAAGUAUCCCCACCUGCAGUGGUUUUACGGGGCGCUGGGCAUGGUCAUCAUCGGGGCCAGCUCCUGCGUGGUGCCUGCUUGCCGGAACUUCGGACAACUGAUGGUUCCCUUGUGUGGCAUCUGCUUCGGCAUUGCCCUGGUGGACACGGCCCUUCUGCCCACCCUCGCCUUCUUGGUCGAUGUGCGCCAUGUGUCCGUCUACGGCAGCGUCUAUGCCAUCGCCGACAUCUCCUAUUCCGUGGCCUACGCCCUGGGGCCCAUCGUGGCCGGAGAGAUUGUCCACUCUUUUGGCUUCACCCAACUCAGCUUGGGCAUGGGCCUGGUCAAUGUCCUCUAUUCCCCGGUCCUGCUGGCUCUCAAAAACAUUUGCCAGAUGAAGCCCUCCCACUCGGAGAGGAACAUCCUUCUUGACGAGGAGCCCAAAGGACUCUAUGAUACCAUCAAGAUGGAAGAACGCAAAGCCAAGGGUAGAAACCUCCACCCGGUGGGGGAUUUUGAAGAGAAUAGUGUAGAUCCUUAUCAAAGAGACUUUAAAGGGGCUUUUGAGGAUGAUUCCUCAGACUACGACUAUACUUAGGGCUUGGUAGAGUUGGAAGAGGGACAGUGUCUCAGCUAUUGUCUCCAUAUCUCCUAUGUGCUACACAUUAACCUUUCUCUAAAUACGACAGUCUUCUUCCUCUCUCUCCCUCUCUCUCUGUCUCUGUCUCUGUCUCUCUCUCUCUGUCUCUCCCCCCCCCAUCUCCGUCUCAAGUUAGGACUUAAACCAGUCUAUUGAGAUUAAAACUGUCUAUCCCCAAAUAGCAUAAUUGCAUAGAUGUAUUGGUCCUUUCUUGUUACAAGAAAUGUAGACCUCCCAUGCUUUCUGCGGUUCUGCCAAAGGUUUGGGGGCAGCAGUGUUGUGUGUGACUUAAGACUGGUUCACACGUGCAUGUAUGUAUCCUUUGAUGCAUCGGUUUGGUUGGUUUCAUUUUUCUUUGUUUUUAUUCCCAGUUCCAAAGCCACACUUUAUCUAUACUUGAUUAAAAUAUAGUUAAGGCGGAAGCCACGAGUUGCACAUGCCCUGUUCCUCCCAUGUCUGCUGUGCAUGUGUGACAUGAUCUGAGUGUUCUGUCUGGGACAUUAGAUCUGGGCAUCUUCUCACUCGAGAUAUUGCAGUUAUGCCUGUGUGAACCAGCUUCACCUUUACCAGAUGCUUCAAAAAUACACAUCCAGGGUCUCCGUAAAUAUUGUACAUUUAUAGACAGAUCUCUACCUGGAAUUUUUCCAUCGGAUUCACGUCUUAAUGCCAGCAGUGGAAAUUAUGUUAUGUUAUUUUUUUCCUCCUGGAGGAGAAAAAAACAAGACAAAAUGGUAACCUCUUUUUUAUUUUUAUUUAUUUAUUUAUUCAUUUAUUUAUUUCCUAUUGUGCUGCUACUCGUCAAUGAAAUAUGCCAUACUAUGUUUUAGACUGAAACUGUUACAUUCAUAUGGGUGUGAAUAAAUAACGUUCCAGGGAA